AUGUUUAUACAAAUUGAAGAAGGCUAUGACAAGAACGAAGCAUUUCCUCAUAAAAAUAAAAUGGAUGAAAAAGAUCCUCGACAAGGACAUGUUUCAAGUGAUAUUCAUAUACUUCCACCAAGUCCCUAUACAGAUGUUCGAAAAUCUAGUUUUAUUAAAGGAAAAUUACCUCCUGAAAAUGAAGAAAUACUUCCAAAAAAUAAAAAUGUAGAAAAACCACGUACAAGCUUUUUGUAUGAUCCACGUAGAAAAACAUUACUUGGUCGUAGUUCUCUUAAUUGGGCUAGAUUAGCCUUAUUUUAUACAAUAUUUUAUUUUUGUUUGGGAAUGUUUUUUGUUAUUUUACUUACGGCAUUUGCUUGGAUGCUUGAUCGUGAAGUACCAAGAUAUUAUAAUAAGGAUAGUACAAUGGCUGUACGAACAACAGCUACUGUUGUUGGAAUGGGUUUUCGACCUCAACCAGAAAUUGAUGAUAGUCUUAUUCGAAUAACAAGUGAUCCUCAUCAACAAAUACGUAUUGCUUCAUCACUUCGAUUAUAUCGUGAUGUUUAUCUUAUUCAAAGAAAUGAUGCUAAAAUAGAAGAAUGUUCAGAAGUGGAACCAGCAUCAGAAUUAGUACCCGGUACAGCAUGUUCAUUUAAUUGGUUUCAUAUUGUUAAUACAGCAGAUCAUCCAUGUUCGGAUAAUAAUAUGUAUGGUUUUAAAAAUGAAGAACCAUGUGUUCUUGUUAAAUUAAAUAAAGUCUAUGGAUGGACACCAUCAAAAGGUCCUUUACCACCACGUAUACAAGAUCUUCGAAAUAUCCAUAGUAAUAAAAGUGUAUCAAAACCAGACGUUUAUAUCACAUGUGAAGGAUCGAAUCCUGCUGAUAAAGAUGCUUUACAUGAUGUCAAAUACUAUUCAGUAGGAAAACCAUCUGGUUCAAUAAAAUACGGUAUUAUACCAAAUUAUUACUUUCCAUAUCGAAAUGCUCCUGAUCAUGUUCAACCAUUUGUAUUAGUUCAGUUUAAAAAUUUACCAUUAAAUCGUCUUAUUAGUGUAACAUGUCGAGCUUGGGAACCAGGUAUGGAACAUGAUUCCAAAGCUAUGCGUGGUAUGGUUGCUUUUCAAUUAUUUCGUUCACAUUUAAUUGAGAAACCAAAUAUUGAUGAUCGUUAG